UAGAACUUAGAAGGGCCCAAAUCUCAACUUGUAGUAGAAUCCGCGUAUUUUUCUCUACGCUCCUGAAAGCUAGCUAGCACAGCAGGAGGAACUGAAAUUCUCUCUCUCGAUCAAAAUACUCGUUGAAGAAUUUCAGGAAUCGAUCUUCUUUUUGCAUUGCUUAACAAGGUACGAUCGACAAUUAGGGUUUUCAUUUCUGCGCAUUGGACUAAUUCGAGUGUUAACAAGGGAGUGAAGCUUCAACUUUUACUAUUCUGGCUGGGUGUUUUCUUCCGUCGAAGCAUUAGCUGGUUUGAAUCAGCCUCCUCCAAGACAAGAUGCUGAAAAUAUUUGCCAAAAAACCUUCUGCUAAAGAGGCACUUAGAGAGAGUAAAAGAGAAAUGGCGAAUGCCACCAGAGGUAUUGAGAAAGAAAUUACAGCUUUACAAAUGGAAGAAAAGAAACUCGUUGCUGAGAUCAAAAGAACUGCAAAAACAGGAAAUGAGGCUGCAACUAAAAUUCUAGCACGCCAAUUAGUCAGGCUUAGACAACAAAUUGCAAAGUUACAAGGUAGUCGAGCUCAAGUAAGAGGUAUAGCUACUCAGACACAGGCAAUGUCAGCUCAAUCAUCAGUUGCAGCUGGAAUGAAAGGAGCCACUAAAGCCAUGGCAGCAAUGAACAAGCAAAUGGAACCGGCUAAACAGACAAAAGCGAUAAGGGAAUUCCAGAAGCAAUCUGCACAAAUGGAUAUGACUACAGAAAUGAUGUCGGAUGCCAUAGAUGAUGUUCUUGAUAACGAUGAGGCGGAAGAUGAAACAGAUGAGCUGACAAACCAGGUGCUAGAUGAAAUUGGUGUUGAUGUUGCUUCACAGUUAUCAUCUGCUCCGAAAGGAAAAAUAGCUGGGAAGAAGACUGAGGAUGUUAGCACCACCAGAUCGAACAUUGACGAUCUAGAGGAGCGUUUGGCAGCUCUGAGAAAUCCAUGAAUACGAAGAAUGGUAAUGGAGAAUGUUUAUUUCCGCAAAAAAGAAGG